UUCUCCCCUCACCUUUUCCUUUUCCCACCUCCUCUUAUAAAAAAACCCUUUUCACUUACAAGCUUUCCUUCUCCUUUGGCAAGCACUCCCCACCGUCCAUCAUCAUCACCAUCCCCACUCUCCUCUUUCCUUCUCCUCCCUCUCUCUAAUGGAGAAAAACCCAUACCAGCUUUUCCUUCCCACCACCCUCAUUUUCAUCAUAUUCACCAUAAUGCCAUUCUCCCUCGCUCUUUCAUCGUCCAAAACCGACGCCGAAGCGCUAUUCCUCUUCAAGAAGGCUAUCCGAGAAGACCCAAAUGGAGUUCUCUCCAACUGGCAGCUCAACAGGAGCCCAUGCACCUGGUAUGGUGUAACUUGCACCGUUGAAAGGGUAACCCGUCUUGAUCUGAGCCGUUCAAACCUCAUCGGCGAUCUUUCUAUUCGCGCUCUUGCAUCGCUCGACAUGUUAUCAGAACUAAAUCUAGCCAUGAAUUCCUUGUCAUUGAACUCCACCGAUGCAUUGCUUCAGCUGCCGAUCGGAUUGAAACAGGUCGAUCUAUCAUCAGCUGGGCUAGUCGGGCCUGUCCCUAGCAACUUCAUAUCCAGGUAUCCGAAUAUGGUCUACGUGAAUCUCGCUCACAACAAUCUCAGCGGUUGGUUGCCGGAUGAUCUGUUAUCGAUUUCUGAUAAACUGCAAAUUCUCGAUCUUUCUUUCAACAAUCUUUCGGGUCCUAUCUCGGGUCUGAAUAUUGAAAAUUCAUGCAAAAGCCUACUCCAUUUAGAUAUCUCCCAAAACCAUUUCAUAGAUAGUCUUCCUUCUUCGUUAUCGAAUUGCACCGGCCUUCGGAGUCUGAAUCUCUCUUACAAUACAUUGACGGGCGAGAUUCCGCCAUCUUUCGGUGAAUUCCACAGCUUGCAGACGUUGGAUUUCUCUCACAACCAUCUAUCGGGUCCCAUACCGGAGGAGUUGGGGAAGGCGUGUGGAUCGCUUGUGCAAUUCAAGAUCUCGAGCAACAACGUGUCGGGCUCGAUCCCAUCGUCUUUCUCUUCGUGUUCUUCGCUUCAGGUUCUAGAUCUGGCCAAAAACAACAUAUCAGGACCGUUGCCGGAUUCUGUUCUUGGAAAUCUCAGCUCGCUGGAGCAGCUUUUACUGAGUAAUAACUUCAUUUCUGGAGCAAUUCCAGCAUCGAUCGGAUCCUGCAAGAAUCUCCGGAUUGCGGAUUUCAGCUCGAACAAGCUCUCCGGCUCCAUCCCACCGGAUAUAUGCCCUGGCGCGGUCGCACUUGAAGAAUUACGGGCACCGGAUAAUCUCAUCACCGGAGAAAUCCCGCCUGAAUUAUCUUCCUGCUCGCAGCUCAAGACAAUCGAUCUCAGCAUCAACUACCUUACCGGCCCGAUUCCUGCCGAAUUCGGUAAGCUUGAGAAUCUCGAGCACUUGAUGUUUUGGUUCAACGGCCUGCGGGGAGGAAUCCCACCGGAAUUAGGACAAUGCCGGAAACUUAAGAAUCUCAUCCUCAACAACAAUUUCUUCAGCGGCGAUAUUCCAAUGGAGCUCUUCAAUUGCACAAAUCUCGAAUGGAUUUCGCUCACCAGCAAUGGAAUCACCGGCAGAAUUCCGCCUGAAUUUGGGAAGCUGUCGAGGUUAGCAGUCUUGCAGCUUGCGAACAACAGCUUAAGCGGCAACAUCCCAGCGGAGCUAGGGAAUUGCAACAGCUUGGUGUGGCUGGAUUUGAAUAGCAACAGAUUAUCAGGAGAGAUUCCGGCAAGGCUAGGCCGGCAGCUGGGCGACAAAGCUCUGAGCGGAAUCCUAUCUGGAAAUACGCUAGCAUUCGUCCGAAAUGUGGGAAAUGCGUGUAAAGGAGUCGGCGGGUUGCUUGAAUUUGCCGGAAUCAGGCCUGAGAGGCUGUCACAAGUGCCGACGUUAAAAACAUGUGAUUUCACUCGAUUGUAUUCAGGUGCAGCUCUCAGCGACUGGACUCAUUAUCCAACACUGGCCUACCUCGAUCUCUCCUACAACGAUCUCCGCGGCAAGAUCCCAGAUGAAUUCGGCGAUAUGGUGGUGCUUCAGGUUCUUGAUCUGGCCCACAACAAGAUAUCAGGUGAGAUCCCAGUAUCGCUAGGCCAGCUUCGGAACCUCGGCGUCUUCGACGCUUCCCAUAACAGAUUACAAGGGCAGAUCCCAGAUUCGUUCUCGAAUCUAUCCUUCUUAGUCGAAAUCGAUCUUUCGAAUAACGAAUUAACGGGCCCGAUCCCGUCCAGGGGUCAAUUGAGCACACUUCCGGCGAGCCAGUACGCCAACAACCCCGGCCUAUGUGGCGUACCGCUCCCGGCGUGCUCGCAAGGGAGUGAUGUUCCAUCAGCAAUUCCAUCCGCCUCGUCGGGUGGGAAAUCAGGCCGGCCCGCCACCGCAUCAUGGGCUAACAGCAUUGUGCUGGGUAUACUAGUUUCAGUCGCUUCGAUUUGUAUUUUGAUUGUGUGGGCGAUUGCGAUGCGGGCCCGGCGGAAAGAGGCGGAGGGAGCGAAGAUGCUUAGCAGUCUUCAGGCAGUCCAUGCAGCAACGACAUGGAAGCUCGGUAAAGAGAAGGAGCCGCUCAGCAUCAAUGUCGCUACUUUCCAGCGGCAGCUUCGUAAGCUGACCUUCUCGCAGCUGAUCGAAGCCACUAAUGGCUUCUCUGCCGAUAGCUUGAUCGGAUGCGGUGGAUUCGGGGAAGUUUUCAAGGCUUCUCUUAAGGAUGGCUCCAGCGUCGCUAUCAAGAAGCUUAUCCGCCUCAGUUGCCAGGGCGAUCGUGAAUUCAUGGCUGAGAUGGAGACGCUUGGCAAGAUCAAGCACCGCAACCUCGUUCCACUCCUUGGUUACUGUAAGGUCGGCGAGGAACGCCUCCUUGUUUAUGAAUUCAUGCGAUUUGGUAGUCUGGAGGAGAUGCUGCAUGGGAAGAGCAGGAAGGGUGGGGAUGAUCAACGCGGCCCGCUCACGUGGGAAGAACGGAAGAAGAUCGCUCGUGGUGCGGGGAAGGGUCUGUGUUUCCUUCACCACAAUUGCAUCCCUCACAUCAUCCACCGCGACAUGAAGUCGAGCAAUGUGCUGCUGGAUGACGAGAUGGAGGCGAGGGUGUCUGAUUUUGGGAUGGCCCGCUUGAUCAGCGCUCUCGAUACGCAUUUGAGUGUAAGUACACUGGCCGGGACGCCUGGGUAUGUUCCCCCGGAGUAUUACCAGAGCUUCAGAUGUACUGCAAAGGGUGAUGUUUAUUCGUUUGGUGUGGUUAUGUUGGAGCUGCUAACUGGGCGGCGGCCCACUGAUAAGGAUGAUUUUGGGGACACUAACUUGGUGGGAUGGGUGAAGAUGAAGGUGAGAGAAGGGAACGGGUGGGAUGUGAUUGAUCAGGAGCUGGUGUCGGUGGGCCAUGAUGAUGAUGAUGAUGGUGGUGGUGAUGAUCAGAGGAGGGAGAUGAUGAGGUAUUUGGAUAUUACAAUGCAAUGUGUGGAUGAUUUUCCAUCAAAGAGGCCUAACAUGUUGCAGGUUGUGGCCAUGUUGAGGGAGCUCAUGCCUGCGUCUGUGGAUGCUGCUGGAGUUUGAAUUUUUUUUUUUUUUUUUCUUGAAUUUUAAAAUUUCUGUGUUUAUGAUUUGCUUAUGAUGUGAUUAUUAUUGUUUUUUAACGGUAGGAGAUUAGGAUGUGAAAAAAUGGAUGGCUGAGAUGUUUAGUAUUGAGAAGAUUUUUUUUUUUUUCUUUUUUGUUGUGUUUUGCUGUGAUUUAAUGUAUGUAUUUUAUACA